AAGAGCUGAAUAUAAAGACUGUAGGAGUCGAGGCAUAAUCACAAAUUACAUCACUACUACGCAACAACAUGGGAAACUGCAUUCACACAAUGCGCAGCAAGCAUGGAAACCUAGUUAGAGAUUUGUCGUUGGAUGAUGCAUCAACAAAGAAGAUCAAGGAGUCACCUCAACUAGAGGUGGCUGAGCAGAAAACAGGGAAAAGGCGGUGCGUAAAGAUCAUUCUGACGAGGAAGCAGCUCGAGCAGCUACUUCUGAAAUGUCCAGAAGGCGUUUCUUUUAAGCUCCCUGAGACUUAUGGUAGCUGCAACCGUAAAUGGAAGCCAUCUUUGCAGCCAAUAGUAGAGGUAGAUAACAUGCUUUUGACAUUAAAACCAUCUCAAUAUCUCCUUCCUCGCAAGUUGCAAUUAUCAGAGUUUUGGUUCCAGCAACUCUCAUAUUCUCCCUCUCUCUUUCUCUCCCCCCAUCAACAAGUAAUGGAUAUUCAAGCAAGGCUGAUGGAGUACAAAUUCCAUUUCAUGGUCGCAACCAUCGUGAGCGUAGUUCUGUCGUCCCUCGUGUACGCAGCACCCAUAAUUCUCGACAUAUUAGCUUAUUUCUGGCCUCUGUUUGCAUCAACGGCCGCCUUCUUGGCCAUAGCAAUCACCUUCGGUGGCUUUCAACAGCUUUCAGAUGAAGCAACCGGCGAGGGAAUCAUGGACUACGUCGCUGGAAGGCCUGAUGAUUCUCACAAGUACAAUUAAAAAGAAAGGUUUGUAACCAAAUUGUCUCCAUAUUUCAAAGAGCCUUUAACAUGUACAACUUUUGGUGCUUUUAUAUCAAAUAAAAUGUAUCUACAUUCUUA